GUCACGCCAUAAACAGGAAGUGCAGUAAACCGGAAAACGACACAACUUUUCAACACGCAUCACAACAUGACGCUGCAGUGGACUGUGGUGGCUCUCUUCCUCUACGUCGAGAUUGGCGUCCUCGUCAUUCUCUGUCUACCCUUCAUCUCUGCUAAGAAGUGGCAGAAGGUGUUCAACUUGAGGAUCUGGAGCCCGGUGGCCCGGUUUUCCAACAGAGUGUUUCUUACGAUGAUUGUUAUACUUAUCGUCCUAUUUCUUGAUGCCGUCCGUGAGGUGAGGAAGUACUCGGUGAAGAACCUGGGCACAGAUGCCAAGCUGCUGCCCAACAUGCACGACCACAUGCACAUGAAGCUCUUCCGGGCCCAGAGGAACCUUUACAUCUCGGGCUUCGCCGUCUUCCUCUGGCUGGUGAUGAAGAGAGUGGUCACGCUCAUCAACAACCUGGCUUCCGCCUCGGCGACCACGGCUGCACUCUUGGCGCAGACGGACGACGCCAACAAAGCUGCCAAAAAGUGCUUGGAGGACAACGAGAUGUUGAAGAAGACGCUGAUGGACGGCACGGGAGACCAGGCCACUGCUGAGGGCAUGCAGCUGCUGAGGAAGGAGGUGGAGAAACUGCAAGAGGAGCUGAAGAAGUCGGAGGACGCCCUGAAGGAGUCCCGGGUCGCCGCAGGAGGACUAAGGGAGCAGACGGACGGUCUGGCCCGAGAGUACGACCGCCUGCUGAAGGAGCACCAGGUGCUGCAGAACCUUCAAAACCAGGACGAGAAAAAGGACGCCUAGCAGGACCGGAGGAGUUUGAAGAACACGCAAGUUUUUUUUGUUUUCCUUUUUUAUUCCCGACGAGCUUAAAGGACGUUCCUCUUCCUGCCUGCAGAGCUCCUGCUUGGUGAGAUUGUUCUUACUUACUUUUUCUUCUUCUACUUUCGGCCCAUCUUACUAUUAUAUUAGCCCACAAGUUUGCACUUUCAGUUUUCUUACCGCGUCGGUUUAAUCACAGUUUGUGUGUUUUGUCCUGUGGGGAAGACAAUGUUUACAUUUAGUCUUAACAGUUUUCAUUUUAAUAUCACAAUCAUCACAGUUGUUUGCACCAAAGCAACGGGAGAUAAGAAUCUUAAAUAACAGCAACACAUUUGGGAAUUAUUGAGUAUGAAAGGUUGUUUACGUAAAAGUUGUAUUGUAUACACAGCACAUAAUGCGUGGACAUUUUUUUUUUCAUUGAUCAAAAAUAACCCUUUAAAUAUCCCGAUUGAUAUUUUUGCCAUGCAGGUGUUACACAUUGAAGGUAAUAGUAGCUGCUGUACAUACAACUUUACAUGCUGGACAAUUUUAAAAGACAUUGAAGUGGACAGUUUCUGAAGUGUAUUUUUUUUAAUAUGAGUAUAUUCACUUUUCAAAGAAUGACAGAGAUUAAUAAAAACCCGAGAGUAA